GAGGGAGGCCAGGCCGCUGAGGGAGAGGAGACUGCCCCAGAGACAGCAGCUUGCCCGUCUGCACCCGCACCUGCUGAGCCAUGAGCCAAACCCAGGACCUACAGGGAGGGAAGGCUUUUGGGCUGCUGAAGGCCCAGCAGGAGGAGAGACUGGAUGGAAUCAACAAGCAAUUCCUGGAUGAUCCCAAAUACUGCAGCGAUGAGGGUCUGCCCUCCAAACUGGACACCUUCAAGAAGAAAUACAUGGAAUUUGACCUGAAUGGAAAUGGAGAUAUCGAUAUUAUGUCCCUGAAGCGAAUGCUGGAGAAACUUGGGGUACCCAAGACCCACCUGGAGCUAAAGAAGUUAAUCAAGGAGGUUUCCGGUGGCUCUGGGGAGACUUUCAACUACUCUGACUUUCUCAGGAUGAUGUUGGGCAAGAGAUCUGCCAUCCUAAAAAUGAUCCUGAUGUAUGAAGAGAAAGCAAGGGAACAGGAGAAGCCAACAGGUCCUCCAGCCAAGAAAGCUAUCUCUGAGUUGCCCUGAUUUGUGGUGGGAUGGAAGGGGCUUCUAAUGACCCCAACAUGAAAAAAGAAGACACAAUUGUGAGCCAGAGUGAAACUAAAAUAAAAUUUUCUCCUUCU